AUGGCGUUAAUCCAGACUGCCUUUAUCUGGGUCGCAUAUGCUGUUGCUGUGGGACUCGUAGCAUUGGUAGCAGCUAUAUUCACCUACACCUACCAGACUCCUCGCGAUCGAUCCGCCCUGGUCUCAACCAUAACAGUCAUCACUUUGACCUCUCUCCUCGCAACUGUUCUCCUCCUACCAGUCGAUAUUGCUCUAGUAAGCUCGACCACAUCCUCAAAACUCGGCCGGAAGAAAGAUUGGGCAACACCAGAGGCUGUACACAACAUCCUCUUUCAAUUAAAGAUUGUUUACUAUGCGCUCUACAGCUUAGACGCCGUUUUGUGUCUUCUGGUUGUCCCGUUCACCUACUUCUUCUACGAAGAGCUUGACGAUGAAGAAGCAGACAAUGACCGCCAGUCAUUUGGUUCGAAAGCUUUGGGCGCACUCAAAUAUACCCUAAUUUUCGUCGUGCUGGUCCUGAUUCUGUUCCUGGUAGGUUUCUUCGUACCAGUAGCACGCAACCGGGAAGGAAAGCACAUGGACCUUGAUUACUUCAAAAAGCUUUUGCAGGAAGACCAUGGAACCAGAGCUUUGACUUUCUCUCUUGGAUUCCUUAUUUGCAUCGGUACUCUGCUUUAUGUCCUGUACACUGCUGCUGGUCUUGCUCUCUUGCCAAUCUCUUUCAUCAAGUCCGCGCCAUCUAUUAGCGCCCCACAACUAUCAGAGACCACUGCUUCGGCUCUGGAACAGAAUAGAGAAAGGCAACACCAGUUGGAGGCACGAAACACUGGACGUGAUGGUGGCUUACCGGCAAAGGACCAGCGAGAACUUGAGGCUUUGAAGCGAGAGGAACGUACUCUGGUCCGACGGGAAAGAUUAGCUGCAGAGGCACGUGGUGACGGAAAGUCAUUUAUUGUCAGAGUUUGGACUAAGACGUGCGCCAUUUUUCGACCUCUUAAGUUGAUCGGAGGCAUUCUUUUGUUGUUACUCGGCAUCGUGAUCUGGGCUUCGAUGUUGAUCACUGGUAUCGACAAAGCUAAGAACUCAAUCUGCAAAGAGGGAUGUGGCUAUAUUCUUGGAAGCAUCAACAUCUUCCAACCAGUCAACUAUAUCUUCGUACAAGCAUCCCGAGUAUUCCCAAUCGAUUAUGUUCUUAUGGCAUUAUUGGUCCUACUCUUCUUCAGUAGCUCCGUCGCCGGAAUUGCUACCAUCGGUAUCAGAUUCCUCUGGCUCCGCAUCUUCGAUAUCCGCAAGGGACACACCUCUCCACAGGCAUUACUCAUGGCCACAGUAAUGUUGACCCUGAUCAUGCUCGCCAUCAACUACUCACUCGUCAUGAUCGUCGCUCCCCAAUACGGCAUCUAUGGCGCCCAAACAUUCUGCAGCUUCCCAACCAAGCACCCAGACGAUCAACCCGACUGCUCCAACCACCCCGAGAAGAUCAAGCCUUGUACCGAGCUCUCAGAAGCCUAUGGCUCCAAGAACGUUUGCACGCCAAGUGUCGUCUCAACCUUCCUCAACCGCGUAACAGUCAACUUCCCAGUCUUUGGUGCAAUUGCGUUUUGGGCGCAAUUCGCUUUCCUCGCCGUCUUUAUGAUCGUCUUCGUCACUUCGCUGUUCAGAACACCAAAACUCGAUAUCAACCAAUUCGACGAGGACGCCGAAGCUGACGAGGAAGAGGGUCUCCUUGCUAGUACGGGUCGUAGAUUCGGUGCUACAUGGCAGGAUAUUCGGGGGAAGGCUAAGAACACUACUAGUGGUAGCGGUGUUAACAAUGGUCAGAGUUCGGACUAA